UUGGGGCGCGCUGGUCAUGUGGAUGUGCGCGGGCUUCACCAUGCUCGAAUCGGGCUCGGUGCGUACAAAGAACGCCUCCACAAUCUGCUGAAGAACAUCGGCAUCUACUCAAUAGCCGGCAUUGCGUACUUCGUUAUCGGCUAUAACCUGAUGUACGUUGACAUUGUUGGAGGCUUCAUCGGCUCAUUCAAUCUCCUGUAUGGCUCUUCAGCAGAUGAGAUUGCAUUGCUCGGAGGUGACCAAUCUGCAACCGCAGCCGUUGUCGAGAGCGGCUACUCCACCAUGUCGGACUGGUUCUUCCAGAUGGUCUUCGUUGCGACUGCCGCCUCCAUCGUAUCCGGCACGCUGGCUGAGCGGGUCAAGAUGUGGCCAUUCUUCCUCUUCACCCUGAUCCUGACCGCUUUCAUCUACCCUGUCGUAGGAGCAUGGACAUGGGGUGGCGGCUGGCUUGAUCAGAUGGGAUUCAAAGACUUUGCCGGUUCGACCAUAGUGCACAGCACAGGCGGAUGGGCGGCUCUUGCAGGCGUUCUCGUAGUCGGACCCAGGCUCGGCAAGUUCCGCCGCGACGGUACUGUAAGGGCGACACCACCGUCAAACGUACUGGUAGUAACACUCGGCGUGUUCAUUUUGUGGUUCGGCUGGUUCGGCUUCAAUGCAGGGUCCCAGCUUGCACUGGGUAGCGCCGCUGACGUCGUGGCGAUGAGCAUCGUGAUGGUCAACACCAAUCUGGCGGCGGCAGCGGGCGUAAUGGCCGCUCUUGCUGUAUCACGCCCAAUACUUGGAAGGAUGGACUUGAUCGCAGGAUUGAACGGAGCAAUAGCAGGUCUUGUGUCAGUCACCGCUGCUCCUGAUCUAGUUGACCACCACUGGGCAAUCAUAAUUGGAGCUGUGGGGGGAAUAGUCUUAGUGCUGGCAGUGAAACUCUUGGAAAAGCUCAAACUGGACGACGUAGUUGGGGCGAUUCCUGCCCACUUGUUUGCCGGAAUAUGGGGAACAUUGGCCGUAGCUAUAAGUGGUGGUCAAAUUCUUGUUCAGUUGAUUGGAGUGCUGGCGGUCGGAGUGUUUGUAUUCGCAGUCUCAUGGGUGCUGUGGAAGGCGCUCGAUAUGGCGUUCAGUGUGCGAGUGUCGCGCACUGUGGAGCGCAUGGGGCUGGACUCCGGUGAGUUAGGGCUUGAAUCCUACCCCGAAUUUGUGCUUAUGCCCGAAGAAGACGAUGAAGAAGAGAGUUGA